GGCAGCUUGCAUGGAAGAACAAGAUGAGAUCAAUGCCGAGCACAUCGUCGUCGUGGGCGCCGGCCCCGCCGGCCUCGCCGUGGCUCUCGGGCUGCACAGGAAAGGGGUGAGGAGCGUGGUGCUGGAGUCGUCGCCGGCGUUGCGCGCGUCCGGCUACGCCAUCACGACGUGGCCCAACGCCUUCCGCGCGCUCGACGCCCUCGGGGUCGGCGACAAGAUCAGGAAGCUCCACCUGCACAUCCAAGGGCUGCGUGUCUUCUCUGCGUCCACCGGAGAGAUCGCACACGAGCUGGAUUUCACGCUGCAGGAGAAUGGAGGACCUCAUGAGACCUGCCGUGUCAGGCGUGACCUGCUGCUCCGGACGCUCGAGGAGGAGCUGCCGACGGGCACCAUUCGCUACUCGUCCAAGAUCGUCUCCAUCGACGACCAAGACGGCGCCGCCAAGAUCCUCCACCUCGCCGACGGCUCGACUCUCAGGGCAAAGGUGCUGAUCGGCUGCGACGGGGUCAACUCGGUGGUGGCGAAAUGGCUGGGGCUCCCCAAGCCGUCCUACUCGGGGCGCUUGGCCACGAGAGGCCUCGCACAUUACCCCGACGGCCAUGGUUUCGAGCCCGAGUUCCUGCAGUACAUCGGCCAUGGCUUCCGCUUCGGCUUCGUGCCCUGCGACGACACCCGCAUCUACUGGUUCUACACCUGGUCUCCCUCCCAGAACGCGAGUGCGGACAAGGGCGUCGACGUCGAGGGCGCCGCCAAGAUGAAGCAGCACGUGCUGGCCAGGCUGAGGAGCUCCAAGGUGCCCGCGGGGGCGCUGGAGGUGGUGGAACGGAGCGACAUGAGCGACGCGUCCGCCGCGCCGCUGCGGUUCCGUUCGCCGCUGUCGCUCCUGUUCGCGAGCAUCAGCAAGGGCAACGUGUGCGUGGCCGGCGACGCGCUGCACCCGAUGACGCCGGACCUGGGCCAGGGCGGCUGCUCGGCGCUGGAGGACGGCGUCAUCCUGGCGAGAUGCCUCGGCGACGCCGUCCUUGGCGGGGAGGCUGGCACGGAGGAGGAGAGGAUCGAGUCGGGCCUGCGCGAGUACGCCGGGAUGCGGCGGUGGCGGAGCGUCCAGCUCGUCGGAGCCGCCUACAUGGUCGGCUUCGUGCAGCAGAGUGACAAUGCGAUCGUGAGCUUUCUCCGGGAGAAGGUGCUGGCCGGAGCGCUCGCGAGAAGCCUGGUGAAAAUGGCCGACUACGACUGCGGAACACUCUGA